UGACCUCAGAGCCCCUCAGAAACAUGGCCCCGGAGAGUUCUUCCGGAAGCAGUCGCCGGCACCUCCGUGACGCUGAACGAGUUAGAGCGUCCCGUGGGGUUUCUAUGGUGCUGCCCUCAGUCCCCAGUCUCUCCGCUUCCUCUCCUGCCUGAGCGCCGGGAGCGGGCAGGGCCGGCGGCGCGUCCCACCCGCGACGGAGCCGCCACCAGGGGGAGGGGUUGGGCGAGCAGGCGACGCUCUGGGCUGGCUCGUUCGCGUCUCUAUGGUACCCCGCGCUCCCGCGCGUCGGGACGGACGCUGCCCCUUUAAUCGACGGAGGGCGGUGCCAAGGAGGUCCCGCGAGAGCUGUAGGGGGCGGGAGGCGGUGCCGAGGCGGGGGGCCCGUGGCGGAUGGAGCCAGCGAUGGAGCCGGAGACUCUGGAGGCGCGAAUCAACAGAGCCACGAACCCCCUCAACAAGGAGCUGAACUGGGCCAGCAUCAACGGCUUCUGUGAGCAGCUCAGCGAGGACUUGGAGGGGCCUCCACUUGCCACCCGACUGCUGGCUCACAAGAUCCAAUCACCACAGGAAUGGGAGGCCAUCCAGGCGCUGACGGUGCUGGAAACAUGCAUGAAGAGCUGCGGCAAGAGGUUCCACGACGAAGUUGGCAAGUUCCGCUUCCUGAACGAGCUCAUCAAGGUGGUGUCUCCCAAGUACCUGGGCUCCCGGACAUCAGAGAAAGUGAAGAACAAAAUCUUGGAGCUUCUCUACAGCUGGACAGUCGGCCUCCCCGAGGAGGUGAAGAUUGCAGAGGCAUACCAGAUGCUGAAGAAGCAGGGGAUUGUGAAGUCUGAUCCCAAGCUUCCCGAGGAUGCCAUCUUUCCCCUCCCCCCUCCACGGCCCAAGAACGUGAUCUUCGAAGAUGAGGAGAAGUCUAAGAUGCUAGCACGCCUGCUGAAGAGCUCCCACCCUGAGGACCUCCGGGCGGCCAACAAGCUCAUCAAGGAGAUGGUGCAGGAGGACCAGAAGCGGAUGGAGAAAAUCUCGAAGCGGGUGAAUGCCAUCGAGGAGGUGAACAACAAUGUGAAGCUGCUGACGGAGAUGGUGGUGAGCCACAGCCAAGGCGCUGCAUCUGGCAGCAGUGAGGACCUCAUGAAGGAGCUGUACCAGCGCUGUGAGCGGAUGCGGCCCACGCUUUUCCGACUGGCCAGCGACACAGAAGACAACGAUGAGGCCUUAGCGGAGAUCUUGCAGGCCAAUGACAACCUCACCCAGGUGAUCAACCUGUAUAAGCAGCUGGUGCGGGGCGAGGAGGUCAAUGGUGAUGCCAUAGCUGGCUCCAUCCCUGGGAGCACCUCGGCCCUACUGGACCUCUCAGGCCUGGACCUUCCUCCUGUGGGCACCACAUACCCAGCCAUGUCCACCUGCACUGGCAGCCAGGCCAGCCCUGAGCAGCCUAGCUCCUCGGUUUCUCUGCUUGAUGAUGAGCUCAUGUCUCUAGGCCUAAGCGACCCCACACCCCCUUCAGGCCCAGGCUCGGAUGGUGCAGGAUGGAACAGCUUCCAGUCUUCAGAUGGCACUGAAUCCCCAGCCCCUGCUCCAGCCUCAGCCCCCAGCAUGGACAGCCGGCCCCCAGUGCAGGCACCACUACCAGUAGCAAGCAGCGGCCUGGAUGACCUGGACCUCCUGGGGAAGACCCUUCUACAGCAGGCAUUGCCCCCAGAAGCUCAGCAAGUGCGGUGGGAGAAGCAGCAGCCAGCUCCCCGGCUCACACUCCGGGACUUGCAGAGUCGGAGCAGUUGCAGCUCGCCCAGCCCUGGUGCCUCCGGCCUCCUCCACACCAUGCCCUCAGAGCCCCCUGGGCCUCCGCAGCAGCCCAUAUCCACUGAGCUCUCAUUGGCCAGCAUCACUGUGCCCCUGGAAUCCAUCAAGCCCAGCAGCAUCUUGCCCGUGACCGUAUAUGACCAGCACGGCUUCCGUGUCCUCUUCCACUUUGCCCGAGACCCACUGCCGGGGCGUUCCGACGUGCUGGUGGUGGUGGUCUCCAUGCUGAGCACUGCCCCCCAGCCCAUCCGCAACAUUGUUUUCCAGUCAGCUGUCCCCAAGGUCAUGAAGGUGAAGCUCCAGCCACCCUCAGGCACCGAGCUGCCAGCAUUUAAUCCCAUUGUCCACCCCUCAGCUAUCACCCAGGUCCUGCUCCUGGCCAACCCCCAGAAGGAAAAGGUUCGUCUCCGCUACAAGCUCAUCUUCACCAUGGGCGACCAGACCUACAACGAGAUGGGGGAUGUGGACCAGUUCCCCCCACCUGAAACCUGGGGGAACCUCUAGAGCAGAGGGACUGGGGAAGGAAGGGAGCAGAGGGAACGGCCACUGUCCAGCCUAGGUGGAGGCUGUGGUGGCCUAGGACACUGUCUGUUCCCCAUGGCCAUGUACCCCCAGCCUGGUGCUUCUCUUCUCCCCUAUGGCACCCAAGUGACUCUUCCCCCUCCUGCUUUGCCUCCUCUCUGCUGAGCCAAAUCCAGCAGGAUGCUGGGCCUGGGUUUGUUGCCAGGCACUCUUGGCACCUGUGGGAGCCUGGAGCAGGGAGGGGCUGUAUGCCCUAGAGGACUUGAUUGCGGGGAAGAAGCAUGGUCAUUGGGCCCGGCCGUGACCCCAUCCUGGGGUUGGGUCUUCCCCACCUGUCUCUUAUGCCUUAUGGGAAGGCUCAGCCAUAACUCAGAGGCCAUGCUGGAGUGGGACCAGCCCAGGCCUCUGUAGGAACACAGUGACGGGGUGAUGCCUGCACCCCCAGCUGUUUGCACUCUGGUGUGUGGUUUGGCUCUUUGCUUUUCAUUUAGAGUGGCCCUGUGGUCACAGUCUUAGGAGGCCAAGUUGGGGAGCCAACCCUCCUCCUAGGGGCUUCCCUUUGCUUAGGGCCUCCUAAGGGGCUAUGGGAACUCAAGCAUAAUGCCAGAAGGGGUGGCUCCAGGGUAGGCUACAGAGCUCCCUGAGUUCUGUGUGUCUUCUUCAUUCAUCGGCCUCUGCUGGGGCCUCCUGUGAGCAUCUCACAUCUGUCCAUCCAUCAGUCCGUGGUCAGAAGUGAGGUCAGUGUGUGAGUGAGAGCAGAAGUAUUUAUGAAAAUAAAACCACCUUUUUCCUG